AUGUCUAGACUCGUGCUACUGGGUGGAGCGGCGUCGGCGGCGUCGCACUCGGACGACAGCGAGGGCGAGGAGGCGAGCGCGCUCGAGCAGGAGCUGUCGCUGGACGACCGCGAGGCGCCGGCGCGCGCGCUGGGCGCGCUCAACGCGCUGCGCAAGGCGCGCCAGCACUACGACGUGCUGCUGGCGGCCGCGGGCGCCGAGGUGGCCGCGCACCGCGCCGUGCUGGCCGCCGUGGCGCCGCGCCUGCUGGCCGCGCUGGCGCCGCCCGCCGCCGCGCCCGACACGCUGCGCCUGCCCGGCCUGGACGCCGACGCGCUGCGCGAGCUCGUGGAGUACGCCUACACCGGGCGCCUGCGCGUGCGCGACGCGGCCGCCGCGCGCCGCCUGUACCGCGCCGCGGCGCGCCUGCGCAUGGAGCCGGCGCGCGCGCACCUGGCCGAGCGCCUGCUGCGCCGCCUGGCGCCGCCCGACUGCCUGGCGCUGCGCGAGCUGCCCGACCUGGCGCCCGAGCACCGCGCGCUGCUGGACGCCUACAUCGCGCAGCACUUCGACGAGAUCUGCGAGAGCGGCGCGCUGGCGGCGCUGCCGCUGAUCCGCAUCGAGCUGCUGCGGGAGACGAGCGCCGACGGCGGCGAGGAGGCGCCCGCCGCGGUCGCCGACGCCGCGCUCGCCUGGCUGCGCGACCACCACGCCGCCGACGUCGACCUGGAGGAGCUGUGCUCGCGCACGCACCUGCUGUUCGUGGACGCGAGCGGCGAGCUGCGCGACUGCGGCGAGCUGCCGGCGGCGCUGGGCGACGCGCCCGAGCUGCAGGAGUACCGGCGCCAGGCGCGCGAGCGCGGCCGCGCGCGCCGCCGCGACGCGCCCGAGCCCGCGGGCGAGAGCGCCGUCAUCGCGGCGCGCGCCGGCGCCGGCGCCACGCGCGCCGUGCUGGCGCUGCGCGGCCGGCUGGCGGCGGCGCGCGUGGCGUGGCGCGCGGCCGGCGCCGCGGGCCCGCGCGGCGGCCGCCUGGGCGGCGCCGGCCCGCCCUGCGCCGCCGAGCGCGCGCCCAUGGCCGUGGGGCGCUGCGCGGUGGGCGCGGCGGCGCUGGGCGCGCGCCUGGUGGUGUGCGGCGGCUACGACCGCGCGCGCGUGCUGCGCUCCGCCGAGGCCUACGACCCGCAGACCAACGCCUGGGCGCCGCUGCCCGACAUGACGCGGGCGCGCGCGCGCUUCCCGGCCGCGAGGCUCGGCGACGCGCUCUACGUGUUCGGCGGCUCCGACGGCCAGACGGAGCUGGACUCGGUCGACAGUGCGGGGGCGGGCGGCGCGUGGAGCGCGCGGGCGCGCAUGCCGCUGGCGCGCUCGUACGCGGCGGCGGCGGCGGACGAGGCGCGCGGCGAGCUGUACGUGCUGGGCGGCUGGGCGGGCGGCCGCAGCCUGCGCGCCGUGCACCGCUACUCGCCCGCGACCGACCGCUGGGACGAGGCGCCGGCGCUGCUCACGGGCCGCAGCCAGUGCGCCGGCGCGGUCUGGCAGGACGCGCUGUGGGCGCUCGGCGGCUGCGACGCCUGGAACUGCAUCGCGUCCACCGAGACGCUGCCGCUGGGCGGGCGCGCGGCCGGCUGGGCGGAGGGGCCGGCGCUGCCCACGGCGCGGCGCUCGGCGGGCGCGGCCGUGUGGCGCGGCCAGCUGGUGGCGGCGGGCGGCUCGGCGGGCGCCGCCUCGCUGCGCGGCACGGCGCUGCUGGCGCCCGGCGCCGCGGCCUGGCGCGCCGGGCCCGCGCUGCGCCGCCCGCGCGCCGCGCCCGCGCUGGCCGAGCUGCGCGACGUGCUGUUCGCGGCGGGCGGCUUCUCGGGCAAGGACUUCCUGGCCUGCGUCGAGUGCCUGUACGAGCCGGACGGCGAGUGGACCCUGCUGUGCGCGCCGCCGCCGCCGCCGCCCGCCCUCGCCGCCCCCGCCGCCCCCGCCGCCCCCGCCGCGGAGGACGCCGAGGCGCAGAACGGCGAGCUGUCGCCGGCCGCCUAG